AUGGCGUCCGCAUCCGUCUACUACAAGUUCAAGUCGCAGAAGGAGCCUUCGCGCAUCACCUUCGACGGCACCGGAAUCUCGGUAUGGGAUCUCAAGCGCGAGAUCAUCCUCCAAAACAAGAUGGGCCGAGGAACCGACUUUGACCUUGGCAUCUACAAUGCCGACACAAACGACGAGUACAAGGACGACAAUUUCCUCGUGCCACGAUCCACGCAGGUCAUCGUGCGUCGGCUUCCCCCGUCGAAGCCCGGACGCGGAACUGCGCAGAACUACGUGGCCGACAUCAAUGGCGCUGCCGACACCACAGGCGCCAGCCGCUUUUCGAGCACAGCCAACGCUGGGGGCGUCAAGCCGACCGACGCUCGCUCGCAGUCGUACCGUGGGCCCAUGACAAUGAGGUUCGACGGCAGGGAUGCCAGCGCUGCGCAGCCACCGAGUGGCGGGCCGUCCUCGAGUGCCGCUGGCCUCGAUCCAAAGGCAGCAGCCACAGGCGAUGAAGCUGAUCGCAUCGCCGCCAUGUUUCAGGCGACCACAGAGCAGUGGGACGAGACCCAGGAACGCAUGUCGCACGCCACCUACCGCGACCGCUCCGGCCAGGUGCGCCGCGGAGGUCCGCCCCGUCCGAUGACCACGCAACGCCCACAGCACAUGCCCGACCGCCCACCGCCGAUCGGCUACGUCUGCUUCCGGUGCGGCAAGCCAGGGCACUGGAUUCAAGAGUGUCCCACCAACGACGACAAAGAGUACGACAACCGCCCACGCUUCAAGCGCACCACAGGCAUCCCCAAGUCCAUGCUCAAGACAGUCGAGCAGCCCACCGAAGAGGACCAGCGUGCGGGCGUCAUGCUGACCGCCGACGGCACCUACGUGGUGGCGCGCGUCGACCAGGAGUCGUGGCGCCGCAACCGCGUGCGCACCAAGCCGCUGACGCAGUCGGAUGUGUACCAGUCGCCGCCCACGGACACGACGCUGGCGUGUCCGCUGUGCUCCAAGCUGCUGCGCGAGGCGGUGGUGACGCCGUGCUGCAAGACCAAGUACUGCGAGGAGUGCAUCCAGACGCACCUGCUCGAGCACGAAUUCAUGUGUGCCGAGUGCGACAAGCGCAUCGCCGACCUGGAGCAGCUCAAGCCGGACGAAGAGACGCGCAAGAAGGUCAAGGAGUACAUUCGCGAGACCAUCGAGCAGAGCGAGCGCGAGCUCGAAGAAGAGGCUCGCAGAGAUGGGCAAGGCGACGCUGGCGACGGUGUCGACAAGUCGGAAAGUAAAGGCGACACGUCGGAUGCAGCGCGUCAGCAGACCAGCAGUCCUGGAGGCAGGCACGACGAUAAGGACGAGCAGGCGCACCGCUCUGCAUCGCAGAACGAGCAAGAGCUCAGUUACGGCGACGCUGGCAGUGCGGGGCAGGGAGCGCCGGGCGGUGUGGUGUUCAAUCCGCAGAUGGUGCAGCAGAUCAUGAUGAUGAUGCAGAACCCGCAGCUGCCGCCGCCGAUGCGCAUGCAGCUGCAGAUGCAGCUCCAAAUGCAGCAGUUUGCGUUCAUGCAGCAGAUGCAGCAGGCGGGAGCUGGGUCGCAAGCCACACCCAUGCAGAUGCCGCAAAUGCCGCAAAUGCCGAUGGGGCAGAUGGGGCAAGGGGGCCAAAUGGGGUCGAUGCGGAUGGGUGCCAUGUCGAACGCGGGCGCGCCGACGUGGGGUCAGCAGCACGGGGCGCAUGGCAACCGCGGCGCACCGGCGGACGACAACUCGGCGUACAUGCGCAACCCCGUCAACCAGGCGCGCACACGCACCACCGCCACCAAGCGCGAUCGCCCCACCGACUUUCUCGAGGUGGGCAGCAACGGCAACGAGUCGUCCAAGUCGGCACGAACCAACGACCGAUAA